CGCAAACGUAGCCGCAGGGCGAGGGCUUGGUCGCAAGACAGACCGGAUGAAUAGAUCUCCGAUCUGGACUCUAGUUGGGUGAUCGAUUGCUUUUGUCUCAUUACGUACUUUAGCAGCGUCCGUUGUGAUUUUUUUUUUCCCCUGGCGACUUGCUAGGUGUGCUAUGGCGCCGGUAAGGCCGGCGGCUGGGUGGCCGGCAGGGAAUUUGGGGUCUCGUAGCGAUGGAGUUUCUCCGGUCGGAUUCAGGAAUAAGAAUGUGAAGCAGAGGACGUGGCGAUCUAAUCAUCCGCAGGCCUUCGUGGGAAGCGUUCGGGAGGGACAAGGCUUUGCAUUCCGAAGAAAACUGAAGAUUCAGCAAAAUUACAAAAAAUUGCUAUGGAGGGAAAAGAAGGCUCAAACCUCACUGGAAUCCCAGUUCACAGAUCGAUACCCUGAUCAUCUAAAACAUCUUUAUUUAGCUGAAGAGGAAAGGCUCAGGAAGCAACUUAGAAAAGUUGAACAACCUUUGUCAAAAGAACAAGUUGAUCACCCUUUGCCAAAAGAACAAUGUAGCAUCACCCAAGCUUUGUCUGAAGAACAUUGUAGUACUGAGCAGCCUCAAUCAGCAGAGAGAAUAAACUCCAUUACUAUUCCAAAGAGAAAGAAAAAGAAAACCUCAAAUCAAAAAGCGCAGGAAGAAUAUGAACAAGUACAAGCUGAGCGUGCUGCUAAGAAACAAGAAUUUGAGAAGAGAAAACAAGAGAGAGAAGAAGCCCAAAGGCUCUAUAAAAAGAAGAAAAUGGAAGUAUUCAAAAUAUUGAGCAAAAAGACUAAAAAGGGUCAGCCAAACUUGAAUUUACAAAUGGAGUAUCUUCUUAAAAAAAUACAAGAAACAAAUUAAAGCAGACAUGUUUUUAAUUAACAGUUAUAAUAUCUUCCCUUUAUUGAGUUCUUUUAUAUAUGUACUGUAUCUCCUAACAACUAAAUUUAUUAACAUAAAAUGGAUUGCUAAGCUUCACUAAGUAUAAAAUGUCCAAAUAUUUUUAUUCUUGUGAAAGAAAGUUUUCUAUGUAUGCUAUACAUAAAAUAUUAUUUGUUUCUUAUUUAUUUUCCUUCGAGGUGGCCCAAAGAA